AAAUUAAGAAAACAUUGUCUCAGCUGUCACUGUCAAAACAAAUAGAUCGUUUUCGAACGGUUUCGAAACAAUUGUGUUUAUAUUUUUGAAUUUCGAAUUAUUAUUCCAAAUAAUAAACACAGAAACAGUUAAUUAAUUUGAGUCAAUAACUUUGUUGACCGCAAAGUAAAUGUAAAGUGUUGUUCAUUAUUCAUUGUGUUCACUGAAAAAAGGUCUUCAUAAUGGAGGAAGACGAACCUAAACCAAAAUGUAAAGAUGACAAAAACAAACUCCUUCGAUGCAUAGAAUGGCUUGAAAAACAGAAUGACGAGGAUACAGAAAAGUUAUCAUUGGAGAAAAAGAAUGAUAUUCAGUUUAUUAUACAAAAUCAUGCAGCUAGGAAGAACUUUUUACUAACAGUGGCUGAAGACGAUGCGACGGUCCCAAAUGGCGUUACUGAAUCUACGAUGGAACCACUUCCCGUGUCUAGAUAUAGGUUGCGUGUCCUCAACCUGAAUAUGGAAUGUGAAUGGCAGGCCUGUAGAACUAUUAUGAUAGAUUAUGAUCAGUUCCAAAAACAUGUUCGAAAUCAUGCUUCUGAAAUGCAUGUUAUAGAUAAGGAGCCCUCAGCUGAAUAUGUUUGUCUUUGGGACGUUUGUGGGCACAAAUCAACCGACUUCAAAGAAAUGGUCCGCCACAUGAACUAUCAUGCUUACCACAGCAAGUUACUUGCUAUUGGUUUCAAUGGCCGAGCUACACUAAACUUGGCUCGUUGCAAGAAAGACUCCAGUAAAAGAAAUGUGUUACCGGUGCAACCUACUGAUUAUGUUUGCAUGUGGUUUGAUUCGGAAGCAAAAUGUGACCAAACAUUUGACUCUUACCCGUUGUUCCUAGACCAUGUAAAAGUCCACACAAACUACUCAGACACUUUCCUCUGUUCAUGGGCUGGCUGUGGAGCCAGAUUUACCAAUAAAAAUAAGUUGGAGGUCCACGUGAGAUCUCAUACGGGGGAAAGACUGAUUGCUUGCUAUCAUUGCGGACAACAUUUUGCUCUUAAUAGGAAAUUGAGUGAUCAUUUACGAAGACAGAACGUAAGCCCCAACUCGCCGUACAUCUGCGAGCUGUGCGGCAGCCGCUGCGCCACGGAGUACCUGCUGGCGGAGCACACGCGGCAGCACGUGUCGUCGUACGCGUGCAGCCUGUGCGACAUGUCCGUCGUCUCGCCCGCCGCGCUCGCCAACCACGUGCGCUACCGCCAUCUCGCGGGCAACGACACCAGGCUGCAUGAGUGUCCGCAUUGUGAUUACAAAGCAAUAACAAAAUGGGACGUCCGCAUGCACAUACUUACACACAAACCUAAAAAUAAGAGGAAGAGAAAGAGAAAUGUCAAAAAGAACCUUGAAGAUUUUUCUGAUGAAGAGAAUUCCGAUGAAUCUAGUGCUGAAAAAAAGAGUAAACCUGAGAAAACGGACAGAGAAUAUGUUUGUCAUAUGUGUACGGAUACAGUUAAGAUAUUUUCUAGAGGGUCUCGGCUGACCACACAUUUGGUUAAAGAGCAUGGGGCUCAGUGGUCUAUCGGCCAUAGUAGGUUCAGGUACCAAAUAUGCGCAGACGGCAAAUACAGAUUGACAACUACUCGCUAUGAAUCUUUGGAAGUGUCAGAAAAAAUCAUGGAUGGCUACAGCAGUCCUAAACUUCCUUUAACUAACUUAAAUUUUAAAGUGAAACAAGUUGCCGAAGCCACAGCUUGUACUCCUAGAAGUUAUGAAAUCACCUUAAAAGGUGAUGAAAAUGCAGAUGACGAUGAUGUUAAAGAGGAAGUUGAUAAAAAACCCGUGAUCAACCAAAAUGGAGUCGAAAUUCUAAUGUGUGAUGUCGACGAGGAAGGCAAUAUUAUUAGUACUGAGCUUAUUAACUCUAAUGUUAUACCUAAGAUUGAACGGUAAAUUGUUAAAGUUGAGAGAAUUAUUUGAACCUUGCCAACCAAAACACAAAAAAAUGGUAAGUUUCUUAUUUCAAGUUUGUAACAAAAAUGAAAGAUGCAUAUUAUUUUGACAUUAGAGGUGAAUGCACAUUUAUUAUCAUCAUCAUUCAUUUAUAGAGAAGAAACAAUUUCUACUUCUGCGAGGUUUUAUAAGACUUCAUGUAAAUUAUUCUAACACAUGCUUCAUUCGACAACUUAGAGUCCUGUCCUAUGCUACUAAUAUUUAUUUUCGAUCGCUUCCACUGCGUAGUUUUGUCCGCUAAGUAAUUUUUCACCUCAAUGCAUGUUUUUUUUUUUUUUUUGUACGUCAUGGAAAAAUCUGUCUUUAUAUUUUUCAUGUUGAAAGCAUUUAUUAUACCAUACCAUAUUAUAAUGACACUCAAACAUUAUGAAUUAUGAUACUAAUAAUAUUCCAAAAAUACAUUUUAUUUUAGAUUUUAUCUAGUUUUAAGUAUAAUUUUGAUUUAAUUUGAUUGACUACCUAGUAUAAGUGAAGUGAUAUGUAAUUUGUAAUUUACACCGAGGAAGGAAAGAUAGCGGAGAUGCCAUAAGGAAGGUAGGUCAGGCGCCUUCUUGUAGAUCAAGCAACAAAUAGUUGUUGUGAUCAGUUACUAGAACUAACGAGGCGUUCGGGUUCCUUGUCAAAUCAAUACCAAGCUAUCAAAGAUAGGUCUUUUUUUUUGGUGAUUUAAUUUUGAAAAUAAUGGGCUAGUACUUAUAAAGGCGUGUAGAGCUAGUAACGUAUCCUCGUCCCCCGCACACCCGCAUUUUGGCGCGCUACUACAUUAGGAGAUUUUCCGUUAUGACAUCUCCGCUAGUCAUUUUGUUUUCCACGCUAAUUUAAGAGUUAUUUCAUUUCAAUUGUUAUUUUGUUUGUCGGUGGCAAUGCGCAUAUAGCGACUAGCCAAGUUAUAAAAAAAAAAAAAUUGAUAAUGAGGCCAUUAUAUUCUUUCAUGCUGUGCAUAUUAUAUAAGAAUUUAUAGAGAAACAGUUCUAAUUAUGAAUAAAUUGAUGAAAUACUUUGAUUUUGCAUGGAAGUGUAGAUCUACCAAGCCAUUUUGUGCAAAUUAAAAAGUUUUUUUUUUUA